CGCGGAUAAUACGACCUAAUUUUCCCUGUCUGUAACUUCUUCUAAUAAUUCUAGAUAGCCAUGAGCCUGGAAUUAUCGCCUGAUGUUCACAGAGUGAACCCUUACGAUAAGGGAAGGAACACGGGCCUAGGGGCAAUCCCCGAGCAACCGCAUAGGCAGAUGGAUGCAGAUAAACUGACAAUGUUACCAAGACUAUCCGAUAUAGGCGGAGAGGCAAAGCAGGUAAUGCCGCAGGAGAUGCCGCAGGACGACAAGCUACAAAGCUCAGAACACUUAGAAUCACUGAUAAGCAUGGAUAAUUUGGCAUUUUCGCUCUAUGGACAAGGAAAGAGCAAGCAGGCAGAACUCAUACUCCGAGAAGCCUUGACGACGAGAGAGAAGCUGCUAGGGAAAGAGGAUCCCCUAACAGUCAUGAGUAUGAGCAAUUUGGCAUUGUCGCUCCAUCAACAAGGAAAGAGCAAGGAGGCAGAACCCUUGUUCCGAGAAGUUUUGACGGCCAGAGAGAAGCUACUAGGGAAAGAGGAUCCUUUUACAGUUACGACCAUAAGCAAUUUAGGAUUGUCGCUCUAUGGACAAGGAAAGAGCAAGGAGGCAGAACCUAUGCUCCGAGAAGCCUUGACUGCAAGAGAGAAGCUGCUAGGGAAAGAGGAUCCCCUAACAGUCAUGAGUAUGAGCAAUUUGGCAUUAUCGCUCUAUGAACAAGGAAGGAGCAAGGAGGCAGAACCUAUAUUCCGAGAAGUUUUGACUGCGAGAGAGAAGCUACUAGGGAAAGAGGAUCCCUUGAUAGUUACGAAUAUGAGCAAUUUGGCAUUAUCGCUCUAUGAACAAGGAAAGAGCAAGGAGGCAGAACCUAUAUUUCGAGAAGUCUUAAUAGCAAGAGAGAAGCUACUAGGGAAAGAGGAUCCCCUGAUAGUUACAAGUAUGAGUGAUUUGGCAUUAUCACUCUAUCAACAAGGAAAGAGUAAGGAGGCAGAACCCAUGUUCCAAGAAGUUUUGACGGCGAGAGAGAAGCUACUAGGGAAAGAGGAUCCCUUGACAGUUACAAGCAUGAACGAUUUGGCAUUAUCACUCUAUGAACAAGGAAAGAGCAAGGAGGCAGAGCUUAUAUUCCGAGAAGUCUUAACGGCAAGAGAAAAGCUACUAGGGAAAGAGGAUCCCUUGACAGUCACAAGCAUGAACGAUUUGGCAUUAUCGCUCUAUCAACAAGGAAAGAGUAAGGAGGCAGAACCCAUGUUCCAAGAAGUUUUGACGGCGAGAGAGAAGCUGCCAGGGAAAGAAGACCCUCUGAUGGUACUAGGCAACAACAAUUCAUCACGCUAUCAAAAAUCAACGAGCGAGGCUGAGCUCAAUGAUUCAGGAUCGACAGAAAAGCAAGGGAAAGAUCAUGCUUUAACUGGACCAACAUCGCCAAGCGAUUCUGAAGUUAAAGAUAUUGUACGUUCCCAAAUAACGCUGUCAGACCUCAACCCGGCAGAAGGAAUGUUACAAAGUCAAGAACCGGAAGAGCAUUCAUCUCUAUCUUUGAUCGUAGAGACCAAUCUUAUUAAAGAUACUGAAAUUAAGGCUCAAGAUCCGCGGAUAGAGAUCGAGUCACCAAGACAGCAAGUAAACACCCAAGAGCCUCACUUAAAGAGCAGUUCGUUCCUCGCUCUGGCUUCCUCAUUAACUUUCCUGGUACGGGGGAUUUUUGCCUCGACAGACCUUCCGGAAGGUAUUACAAGAAUCAAGUGGACUUGCCGCUGUGGCCACAUCUCUCAUGACGACUUUCCUUUAAAUUUCGAAAGAGCUAAGACCUUCGAGGACGACUUCCGGCACAGUCAAGUACUUCGUCGCGUGGAAAUAACAAACAAACGUCCAGGUCUUCUCUACGAAUGGAUGCUAUUACUUCACAAUGUUAUCAUCCGUCCCAUCUGGCAGUACAUUUCGAGCGAUUCUUCUAAUCCUGGAUCAAGCAGCAGCGAAUCUCUGGAUAAUUCGAGUGUGGAUUCGCAAAGUAGCGCGAGUGGGUCAAACUUGCCGACACUACUUGAUGACUCCGGUGAUAUUGGCGCAACUAAACUCUCCCGAGGGAAGCGGAAAUUUGUCUUGAACCGAAAGCCAGUAGAGGCGAACAGGAAGCAUUUUCUCCAUGUGUGCAUCGACGUAGGACGUAUAAAAUGUCUUGAGGUCAUAGAGCUUGACCCUCAAGACCCCAGCAGCGAUCAAGAAUUGUUUAGGAGGCUCAAGACGAUCCACGAGAAACAAUUUCAGAGAGGCUAUAACUUUUUCUUAAAACUGCAGGCUAUUCGAUUCGUGCAGUUUGAAUUGUGGCGCCACGGCCGUAUAGAUCAUCUCCUGGAGAAUAGGCUGCCUAAGAACACGGUCGAAUACGAAUUUCUUAGAAAACCAGGCUGGAAAGAAGGGGAUCCGAUUCAUCUGCCUACACUUCUUUUACAUUUAUAUAACAAACCAGAAGAUUUCGGCGAUGACUCGGCGUUUCUGCUCCGAGUGCCAAAGCGAAAGGGCGAGCGCCUUAUUUACAGACCUCUGACUAAGGAGAACAGCCUGAAUAACAUUGGAUAUGGCAUUCAUUUGCAACAGGGACCCGCCGAAAUUCGUUUCCAAGCUGUCGUGGUUAUAGUAGCAGCUGUUGUGGCGGUUUUGGUUAGUCCGAUAAUUGAUAGAGUGCUUGGUGGUGAACAGUUGUCAUUUCCUUGGGCAGUUUGUGGUUUCUUAUGGGGUAUAUUUAUAGCUCUUUUAAAUCUCUGGAAGGAAUGGUUCAAGGAGCGUUAUGGUAUGGCUUGAGCGUUUGACAGCAGCAGCUUGAAUUGGGCCAUGCUUCUCCACUUAGUUGCAUAUAGUACCAAAAAUGAUAAGAAAGAACCAGUUCCGUC